AUGUCAACAUCAGUGAAAGUUUUUUGGGUACUGACAAUAGGAGAAUUUAUUUUAGGAACACUGGGAAAUGGAUUCAUUGCACUGGUCAACUGCAUGAAAUGGGUCAAGAAUGGGAAGUUCACAUCAGUUGACUUUCUCCUUACCAGUUUGGCAAUGACCAGAAUUGUUCAACUGUGGAUCACACUACCAGAUUCUUUUAUAGUAGGUUUUUUUCCACAUCUGUAUGCCACUGGAGAACUAGCAAGGGCAUUUACUGUUCUUUGGACUCUAAAUCAUCACCUUGCCACCUGGUUUGCCACUUGCUUAAGCAUUUUCUACUUUCUUAAAAUAGCCAAUUUCUCCAACUCUCUUUUCAUCUGGCUGAAGUGGAGAAUGAACAGCGUGGUUCUUGUGCUUUUCCUGGGCUCUUUCUUCUUACUGUUUGUCAACCUGUUGAUACAGGAUAGUUUUAUUGAGCAUUGGAAGGGUACUUACAGAGUCUACGAAAGAAACAUGACUUUGAAUGACAUAACUGAAACUUUUCAACGGCAUAGCCUUGUUAUUAGUUUAAUCUAUGUUAUUCCUUUUCUCUUGUCCUUGACUUCUUUGGUUCUUUUAUUUUUGUCCUUGGUGAGGCACACCAAGAAUUUGCAGUUGAAGUCCCUGAACUCUAAGGACUCCUACACAGAAGCUCAUAGAAGAGCCAUGACAUCAGUGGCAGCCUUCCUCCUUCUCCUCAUCAUUUACUUUACUGUCUGUCUAACUGCCAAUUGGAUUUUGUUUGAGAUACAGAGGUAUCAGGCCAUAAUGAUCAUCAUGAUGUUUUCAAUGACCUUUCCUUCAGUCCAUUCAUUUAUCAUAAUUUUGGGAAACAGGAAGUUAAGACAAAGUGCCCUGAGAAUACUUGGGCAUCUUAAAUUAUCUGGAAGGAAAACAAGACCUUAA